AUGGGAGAGGCAGAGAACGGCGAGGGGAUGUAUCUUCUGGAUGGAGAGGGAAAUGAGUUUAGGUUAGGAAAUUACCCUGAUUUCCACUAUAUUAAUACGUCAAAACGACCGGGUCGACGAGUCAAGUAUGCCGCUGGCAUCGGAGGGGUUGCAAGGGGUACAGCCUCAGGAGGUGCUCCUUUGGCCCGCAUUGCCGUUUACAAGGCAUGUUGGGCAAUCCCUGGUAAGCCAAAGUCCGACGGCAACGUAUGUGUGCCCGAGGAUAUACUUGCGGCCUUUGACGCGGCCAUAGGUGAUGGUGUCGACGUACUUAGUGUCUCCAUCGGCCUCCCCCAACAAAAAUCUUUCGACCAAGAUGUCAUGGCUAUCGGAUCGUUGCAUGCUUUAAGUCGCAACAUCAUCACUGUAUGCGCUGCCGGGAACAGUGGUCCUAACCCAUCAACGUUGUCAAAUGUAGCACCGUGGAUCAUAACUGUUGGUGCUAGCUCCAUCGACCGACGAUUUUACUCGCCCGUCUAUCUCGGAAAUGGCGUAGAAAUCCCCGGAUAUAGCAUGUCACAGAACACAAGGAAUGUCAUGUAUCCAUUAGUUUACGCAAGCGAUGCAGCUCUCCCUGGUGUGUCUACCGACUCUGCAGGGUACUGUCUAGCUGGUUCACUUGACCCUUUCAAGGUGAAUGGGAAGAUUGUGGUGUGUUUCACCGGAAGUGGACUAAAUAUAGAUAAAGGCAUUGAACCUGAUAUUAUCGCUCCGGGAUUUCAGAUUCUAGCAGCAUGGAGUCUGGCAUCAUCUCCUACAAAGCUUCCAUAUGAUCAAAGACAUGUGAAAUAUAAUAUAUUUUCAGGAACUUCCAUGGCUUGUCCUCAUGUUUCCGGUGUGGUUACACUUCUCAGAGCAGUACAUCCCGACUGGAGCAUUUCAGCUAUAAAAUCUGCUCUCAUGACUACCGCUACAUUGACAGACAAUUCUAAUAACACCAUUGAAGAUUUUAGAACCUAUAUUGCUGCAAAUCCCUUUGAUUUUGGGGCCGGUAAUUUUCGACCUCCUGAUAUUAUCGCUCCGGGAUUUCGGAUUCUAGCAGCAUGGAGUCUGGCAUCAUCUCCUACAAAGCUUCCAUAUGAUCAAAGACAUAGCAGUACAUCCGACUGGAGCAUUUCAGCUAUAAAAUCUGCUCUCAUGACUACCGCUACAUUGACGGACAAUUCUAAUAACACCAUUGAAGAUUUUAGAACCUAUAGUGCUGCAAAUCCCUUUGAUUUUGGGGCCGGUAAUUUUCGACCUGUACUAGCAGCGGAUCCUGGUCUUGUCUACGAUGCCUCGUAUGAAGAUUAUCUUCUAUCUAUGUGCUUUGUGGUUGCCAACCUUUACGAUCCUGUGACAGUAUCGAGAACAGUUACCAACGCAUGCAACUGUCAGAGUAAAUACACUGCUAGCUGUGACCAACCAGUAUAUGGCUGGUUCAUGUGGAAUGAUGGACUUCAUUAUGUGAGAAGUGUUUUUGCUGUUUUUGUGUCCUAG